GAUGAUGAUGCUUUUAUUUUGAAGAAAUCAAACAGAAAGCAGGAAGUUUCAGUUUUGGAGCUGCUGUCUGAACUCACCCUGACGAACUGACCGACUCAGCUUCAAAUAGCCUUCAGCCACAGACCAGGUGUGAGAGAUGACUGUUACUACUGUCAGACACAAGGGAGUGACCGUGGUCACGGUGGCGUCCGACAGUCAGAGCAUGUUACCACCGCUGUGCCAAAUCCUCAAGAGCCUUUGCUACAGUGCGAAGUGCUGCUCAGUGAUAGAGGGGCUGCUGCAGACCAGUGUAGUGUCAGCACUCGGGGCGAUAAUGAUCAUGGUGGGCCUGUUCAACAUUGGACUUGGGCCGGGACGAAUGAGCUACCAUCCUGAAGAUUUAACUCAUUUAAGAGCUGCUUACUGGCUGGGUGGCGUGUUCAUCGCAGCAGGAGUCGUGUCUGUUUUUGCCAGCGGGUUCCCCUCUCGUUUCUUGGUGGGCUUCGCUGUGUUGGUGAACAUAAUUGGAUCCAUCUUCGCCAUUGUUGGCGCUGUGUUGUACGCCAUUGACCUCAGGGAAAGCAAUGUUGAGUGGAUGUGUGACUGGGGAUAUAAUGAGUCUACUGCUCCUCCUGAAAGGUGCAGAUUUGUGGCGUACUUUGCCCAGCGUUUGUUGACAAGCAUGGACGUCACCUUGAUCGUGCUGGCCGUUCUCCAGCUGUGUGUCUGCAUUAGCACUGCUGUUCUCAGCAUCAAGGCUCUGCUCAGGAAGGAGGCCGAGCAGGGUGACAGAGAUGUGGAGAUCUACCAGCCCGUGGUGACCGAAGAGCUCCUGACAAAUCCUGGUGCUUAAAUCCACACGCAAGACUGUAAGAGCACGAAUAAGCAUAUAAUCCAUAUAAUCCUUACAUGUAUCAGAUGAAAAUAAUCAAAACUGUUUUAAUCACAAAAAUUCUUCAGUUUUAUACUUAAGAUUUCAAGCUAGAAUCACAGUGUGGUUUGGCACAAGGUGUUAUUAAUCCUUUUUAUAUCAGUUAAUGUAAACGUGCUUGAAUAAAGACGGGAAGAAUUUAUACUCA